ACAAAGGUGAAAUGUAAUAGUGAGGAGCGAGGAGCCAUCAGUCAGGUGGUGGCCGACGGCAGGGACAACAUGGCGGAGCGGGGCGCCCUCACUCUCCUGGCCUUCGGGGCCACUGUGGCUCUCUUGUUGCUCUUCGACUUUAUGCCUGUGGGAGGCACGGUUAAGGAGGCUCCAGCGAUGAAGUUCAACAACUUGAUGGGUCCCUCGCUGAGGUUCCUGUACUGCUACUCGUGAGGAUACAGGAAGGUGUUUGAGCAAUAUGCCAACAUCCUGCGUGAGAAAUACCCAGAAAUAUCCAUCUUGGGAGACAAUUAUCCACCUCCAGAUUGGAAACUAUGGCUUGCGCAGAUGCUGAGUGGAGCCAAACUUCUCUUUAUAGUCAUGAUUGUAGCCAACAUUAACAUGUGGGAAUGGCUGGGGCAGGAGACGCCGUCUUGGUGGACGUGGUUCACUACUAAUAAGAUUUACGCGUGUAUGAUGGUGUUCUUUCUCUGUAAUGCUGUUGAAGGGCAGCUGGUGUCAACAGGUGCAUUUGAAAUUUCUUUCAAUGAUGUUCCUGUUUGGUCUAAGCUAGAAACGGGCCGUAUUCCCCAGCCUCCGGAGCUCUUCCAAAUUAUUGACAAUCAUGUACGCUUCAACCAAAAUACAAAUACCUGGAGUGAUAACAUUUAACCUCAGCCAAGAUCAAGGAAUCCCUUCUGCUACAGAAGCCUUCAACUCGUGAUGCCUAACUUUCCAAUCUGAAAAUUGUUAUGGAAAUAUCUUUUUGGCAUCUAUGGGUCCGAUUUUAAUUAUAGAUUUGUACCUUGUGCAUUGAAGACAUUAAAUAUGUAAGGAACUGGUCACGAGGCCUGUGUGCCCUUCACCCUCUUGUCACUCAAUGCUUGUCUUUAACUGCUUGCUCUUUCUGCUUUAUGAAGGUCAGUGUUGAAAGCACACACGUGAUGACUCUGGCUGGAUGCUUGCUUGCAAAAAGGUCUUGGCAGUGAAAUAGACAUUGAGCAUGAUACAGACUUCAUACCCCAAUUACAUUACCAUUUGUUAUAGUUAAAUAGCUGAUACAUGUUGUAUGUAUGGGUCAUUCAGAUUUUCAUACAAUCUUUGAAUAUAAUUUUUUUUUUAAGGCUAGGCAAUGAAAAUUUAUAUAUAUAUAAUAUUCCAAAUAAAAGUUGAUUUUAUUGGUUACUUAAAUUGUUGUAUGGUAUCUUAAAUAUAAAAUCUUGUUCCUAAUGCAGUGAAAGUUUAGAAGAGUAUACAGUAUAAAUAUUGAUUAGAAAUACUUUUACAAAGGAUGGUGAAUUUUGGGAGCAUUUCAUUACUAGCCAUUAUUAUAGAUAUUUUAUUAGCUCCCCUGAUUGCCAAGAAAUUUGAAUUUGUUGUACAUUCCCAUGUUAAAAAGGCUUGUGUAAACUAGAUUUCACUGCAGACUUGUUUUCCAUGUAGUCCUGGAAUCUUUUUUAAUAAAACUACCAAUAAAA